AUGGGUAAAAGAAAAUUAAAAAUCAACAAUUCUCAAGCAAAACAUGAUAUGGAAGGUUAUUUAAACUCAGGACAGUCGACAUUUCUUUUGAAGAACGAUGACACCUUAAUUGAUAAAGAAGUAAAUGUUUCCAAGACAAGUAUAGAAAACAGUAGUAAAUUAAACGAGUCCGAGAAGGUUGUCACCGAUGAUUUACAUUUACUGAACAACGUUGAAACUGAAGUGGAUAUCUUAACAUCUGAAAGUAACCAAAGUUCAAAAACCAAAUAUGGUCUUAGAUCUAAAAAGUCUUGUGUCUUGAAACAAUCAUCUUACUCAGAAAACUUCAAUAUAGAUCAGCUUAAUGACAUUCAUAAUUCCGAUAUAUCCCAGCCAUCUAAUUCACAUACUACAUUAAAUCAAAAAGACAUACUCAAUAAUGAAGUCAAAGAAUCAACUAAAAUACUUAAAAAGGGAUAUGGAUUCAAUGGUUUAGUUGAGACUUCAAAAAUCAAACAAAUAAGUAAUAAAAGGUCUUGGGAUAAAACAACAAAUUGUAUUUAUUGUGAAAAAAAUGUAACCAAUUUUACAAGGCAUAUUAUAAGGAAUCAUUCUAUGAAAUUUGAAGUUGCUCGGUACCUUUCACUACCUAAAGGUUCAAAUGAAAGAGCUGAACUUGCUGAAAAUUUACUUAUGCAAUGUUGGAGAGGUAGAAGUUAUUUAUCAAACCAGUCAGACGUCCAAAUGAGUUUUCUAAAACAAUUCCUGAUGCCUCAAACUAUUUACCAUGUAAACACUGCUAUGUUAGGUAGAAAUAGAGCCCAAUCAAAUGCUCAAAAUCUUUUACGCGCGUUUUCAAAUACAGACCAAGAUUUAGUGACAAAAGUAUUUCCAAGAAUGGCCGUAGAUAAUAUAUCAUUUGUAGCAAAGUCUGAUGAAUUUAUCAAAGCAUUUGGGUCAAGAUACUUGAAAAACCACAGAGAAAAGCACCUUGUUCAUGUUGUCACUCAAAAAAUGAGAACGCUUGCACGUUUACUAAUUCAGAUGCAGUUAGAAUACCCUUCAAUAAAAACGUUACAAGAGUGUGUCGUACCAAAACAUUUUGACCUGAUUGUCAAAUGUACUAAAACUGUUGCAGGAUAUGAUAUUUCAAAAGAUUUAUAUGGAGCUCCUUCUGUUGUCUUAACAAUUGGAAAUAUGUUAAAACAAUGCUGCGAUAUUGCUGAAUUUACUUUAUUGAAACAUUGUAAUAAUUUAAAACUUGAUGAAGCACAAUCCAGUACACAAAACGUAAUAAUAAAUAUGAGGCCCAUUAUAGAAAAACAAUGGUCUUAUGAAGUCUUAACCAACACCUCUAAAGAGAUAUUACAAAAAAAAUGGAACAAGCCUGCUUUUCUUCCAUUAACAUCAGAUAUACAAUUAUUUAGAAACCAUUUAAUUCAUGUACAAAAUGUAAGCACACAAGAGCUUAAAAAUAACCCUAAUAAUCAAAAGUCUUUUAAAAAUUUAGAGAGCAUAGUAGCUCAACUUAUUUUACUUAAUAGAAGAAGAUCGGGAGAAGUUCUGAGAUUAUUUAUCAAUACUUAUUUAACAGCACCAACAUAA